CCGUGACGUUAAUCCGUGACGCAGGCUCGUCCUCCAUCACCAGCCGAGUCCACUGACAGAAAACACCAUUUAGAAACGAGAAGAGCCCUCACGAUUUAUGGGAAUAUGUAGUUAGCGCGAACAGUUCAGCGCAUUUCGACAACACGGGGUUUGGUGGAGCUGAGCACUUACAUGGAAAGUUGCCAUGGGUGGCCGUGAUGAUGAAGAUAUGCCAUAUGUCGUGAAUAAACAAAAGCAGGACGAAGAGCUAAAGAACAAACUGAAUGAAAGCAGCCACUGGUCCGACCAGGACUCAACUGUCAACAAUGCUAAGUGGGCCAAAGAAGGCCAGAACCAGCUGCGGAAAGUAGCCGAGAACCACCAGGAUCAGGACCACAACUGAAAUGUCAGCCAGAAUGGGAACAAGGAAGACUUCCCUCAUCAGAACACCACUCAGGAAGAACAACAGGGAAACCAGGAGCAGACCAAGUCUCCCAAAAUCGUAAUGACCCCUCGUCUCAUUCAGGAAGAGUCCAAGAGCAUCCUUAAUGAGCCACUACUCAUCAACACUCUGGAGUCCACAGAGGAGAAAGAUAAAGAGAGAGAAGAGCAUGGCAAAGAGAAGGAAAAGAAAUCAGAGGAAGAAGAAGAUGCAUCAGGUGAUACCAGAGGAGAGAAAGUGGCACAGAGUAAUGAUGAGUCUCAGAGAGAGGGCAGCAUUGUUGGGCGAAAUGCCUGCCUCCUCUUCUCCAACAUGAACGGGACGCCAAGUGAUGAAGAGUCCAGCUGGCCUGCACCGUCUCAGGAUAACACGGCUGAUGGCUCUCCAAAUGGCAACAGAGGGUCGUUCUGGGACUCCAGUGCUUUUGAGACAGACACUGACCUGCCUUCAGGGUGGAUGAGGGUUGGAGAUAUGUCAGGCACAUACUACUGGCACAUCCCCACAGGCACCACCCAGUGGGACCCUCCUUCGCCCCUGGAUAAAGUUGGUGACUCCAUGAUGUCCUCCACUAUGUCCCUGGAGACUACACCCUGUGAGGAACCUGAGGAAUCCUGGACUCACCUUUCCAGCACAGAUGAAGGAGCUGGUGAAGGGGAACUGUGGAAGGAGGAAGGAGAGGUUGCAUCUGAUCAAAGUCUGAAGGAGUUUGAAGGCGCAACUUUACGCUAUGCAUCUAUCAAUCUGAACUACAAUUGCUCCCAGUCUGAGGAGGAAGAGAAGCUUGCUCCACUCUGCACAGAUUUAGAAACUAAGUGUUUUGCUGUGCGUUCCCUGGGCUGGGUAGAGAUGUCUGAGGAGGACAUGGCACCUAGCAAGAGCAGUGUUGCUGUCAACAACUGCAUCAGGCAGCUCUCUUACCACAAACACAACAUUCAUGACACGGCUGGUAUCUGGGGAGAGGGUAAGGACAUGCUGAUGAUUUUGGAGAACGACACCAUGAACUUGAUUGACCCUCUGGGCCAGACUCUGCUUCACGCUCAGCCAAUUGGCAGUAUCCGUGUUUGGGGUGUAGGCAGAGACAAUGGCAGGGAAAGGGAUUUUGCUUAUGUGGCUCGAGACAACUUGACCCAAGUUUUGAAGUGUCAUGUUUUCCGUUGUGACUCGCCUGCUAAGAAUAUCGCCACCAGCUUACAUGAGAUGUGUUCAAAGAUAAUGAUGGAGAGAAAGGCAACCAAGCCAGGAGGGAGCAGAUUCAACUCUGACUCAAAUAAGCCUGUGGUCAUCCCUGUUGAAGAGUUUCCUGCUCCCAAAAAUGAACUCUUCCAGCGCUUCCAUGUUUAUUACCUUGGUUGUGAGCCUGUGGCUAAGCCAGUUGGUAUGGAUAUAAUCAAUGACGCGCUAGAGGCUGCAAUGAGUGGCAAAGAUAAAAAUGACUGGACUCCUGUCUCUGUGAAUGUCGCACCAGCCACUCUCUCAAUACUUUCAAGACAGAGUGAGGAGGUGCUGUCAGAGUGCAGGGUACGUUUCCUUUCUUUCAUGGGUGUGGGGAAGGACAUCCACACCUUUGCUUUCAUCAUGGCGGAGGGUCCUCGAGAUUUCACCUGUCAUAUGUUUUGGUGUGAGCCCAACGCUGCCAGUCUGAGUGAGGCCGUACAGGCUGCCUGCAUGCUUCGCUACCAGAAAUGUCUGGAUGCCCGUCCGCCCAGCCUAGCCUCCUGCCUGCCCACUCCUCCUGCUGACUCUGUGGCUCGACGGGUCAAGAAGGGGAUGCAGAGUCUGCUGGGCAGCUUUAAGGGCUACAAGUCAGGCUCCCAGUCUCCUUGAGCUGGAGCAAAACAGAUCCACAGUCUGUCACAACAGGUCCUUCUCACUCUCGCAUCUCCUCCUUCUUUCAUCCUUCUGCCACAGUUUCGCCUUAUGACCGUUUCACUUGUCUGGUCACUAGUGUCGUGUGGAGUAGUUUGUGGGGAAAAUGUGUAUCUGAAAAGAUUCCAUUUAUUUCUUUUUACUUUAUAGAACAGUUUGAAACUCUUCUCCAAACAAAGGAACCCCUGCCUUCAUGCUGGGAUUUUUCUGAAUCUUAGCUAUUUUUGUCUUUUAACAGAAACAUUGCUUUGAAUGUUGAAGAUGGAUGUAAUGUGUUUUACAUGGAGAUGCUAGACUUGGCUUGAAAAAGCUGUUGCUAGAUGCUCUCACAGAAACGAUCUCUUUCUCUCCUCAACGCAGUGGUCAUCUCUAACACUCCUUUUGCACUAUCUGAAGAAAUGCAGUAAUGCAGUCAUCAGAUGGUGUCACGCAUCCUGUUAUUGGUUUUAUAAAACAUCACUCUUCCACCAUAGGUUGUAAUAGGCGCUGUAGAAGUCGCAGUAGUGUGCCACGUAGUUAUAUGCCUCUGACCCUCCCAAAUAUUGUCAUUUAGUCUUCCAAAGAACUGUACGGUCAUCUGUCACAUAGUGAGCAACCACUGAUUUGAGUGUAGUGUGUUUCUCAUUCAUUCUGCAUGAACAUUUGCAAGUUCAGUGCUAGUGUGCAAUAAUCAGAUGUUCCUGUAUGGUGUAGUGAUGAGAUGGCUGCCAUGUGAUUAUUUGUUCACUUUAAUGCGAGUCUGAAUAGAUUGGGUGUGAGGCCAAUGGAACAACAGAGCCAUGUUAAAAAAAUCGUUAUCUUGUAACAGAAAUAAUAGUAAUAAGAGCUACGAACUCUGGGUUUUCACACAAUUGUUUACCACCAACAAACUACUGAAUUGUACUGUAGAAACUCACCACAAGCUGCAUGUUUUGAUAGCCUCGGGUUCUUGCUGCUUGCAGCGGUUUAGUGCUUAUGACCCAUCAGUAUAUCCUGUAAAUUCUUUCUGUGUUUCUGUACGGUAAAAGGAGGCUGGAGUUGAUGUGUUGUUUCGUGUUACAUAGGCGCAUGUCACUCUAAUUAAUGUCAGUGUUUAUCAUAAGCUAGCUGUAGGGAGUAGGCUUCUGUCAGUUCCUUCAGGCUGAACCCAUGAGAGCAGGUUAAUGUUUGUAUUUACGUAUAUGGGAAACCAAGAGAUCCUUUCUCCAGGGGUUUGCUGUUUUAUUUUUUUUCCCUUGGCCACAUUUAGGCUUUUAUGGCCCUUGACCACUCUAGUUAAUGCUUUUGUUUGUCUGUUUUGUUUUGUUUCCACACACUACAAUGUACACAAUUAGGAUGAUUUUAACAUUAGCUAGUUAAAUUUCCUUUUUAUAAAGAACACACUUAUUAGCGAAGUUGUAUUUUACCUUUGUGUGUCUGUCAGUAAUCAAUACUGUAUGUAGCACAAUAGUAAUAGUCAUUUCUAAUAUUAAAGAUGCAGUUUGUAAGCUUUUUAAAAAGAACAUUUAUUUCAUCACUGAUAAAAUUGGCCUUGGUAGGGCUUUUGUUUUGCCACAUUGUCUGAGACAUCGGUAGCUAGAUAGCAAACUCAGACUAACAGACCCCACUAUAUAGAGAUAAAACUGUCUAAAAUUAAAAACAUACUGUCACCUUAAGAUUUAGAAUGGUGUCAGAUCAAAUGUAUCACUCAGUUGAAUUGUCUUGUUUUACAAUGACAUAGCUGUGGUGGUACUGAACUGACAACCGUAACGUUAAUUUAACCACUCAUUAACAAUGUCCAUCAUACCAUCAUACCUAAACAGGCUCUACUGUAGUUGGUUUGUUAGUUGAACUUUAUUCAUUCAUUCAGGAAUUCUCAAUGAUAUCAAGAUCUCUUUUAAUAUGCCGUAUUAACGUUAUGGUUGUCCACUGGCCGCUGCGGCUGUGUACCACGCAAAAAGAACGGCUUAACAGUUACAUAGUUGGUAGAUGAAGUAGCGUUAGUCUUAUCUUCAUUAUGCCAUGACAAAGUGUGAGAUCCCUUAGAUAAUAUUUCAAGCUAAAUGUUGUCACUAUAUUAUCACAAACUGCCUGGAACUCUAAACAACUGCCAAUUUAAGCUAGCAGCAGCUACACUAAGGCACUAAAGCCAUGUCGUCUCUAACAUCACUGGCCUUGUAAUAAAAUGCUUUUUUGAUUUUUGAGUUUGAAGUUCUAAAACCCGUACACUUGACCCACCAGAUAGGGCAGUGCACGUUGUUGUCUGGACGUUCUGUGUGGUCACACAAGCCCCCUCUCACAUCGUACUCUCCACUAAGUGUGGUCUUAAUGGUUGUUUUGCCUGUGAGACCCCUAAAAACUCCCAGAAUGCAACACGUUGUUUACUCCUUGACAUCAUUGUGAAAUAGGGUGGUUACAAAUAUUCUGAACAGAAAUGGACAUGCAUAACAAAUGCAGCAUUAUUUAUACAAAAAAUACAUUUAUGACUAAUUUCUGAAUAGAUUAAAUUAUGCCCAUUAUAAUAUCAUGCUAAAAUUAACUUCAUGUUAAGUGCUUGAGUCUUUUUUUUUAUAUAUAUUUUUGAAGUUGUCAAACACUAAAGCUCUUACCAACUGCCUCUUUAUAUGAAAUAUAACACUAAUGAAAACUAGACUACACUGACUCAGUUCACUGCCUUGUCAUUCGUGUCACUUGGAAUUAUUGUGCUUUUCACCUUCAGAGUUUGCUGUGUCCAGUCAGCGGUUACACUAGAACCAGAUGAGUUAAAGAACAUUAGCAGAUUAAUUUAUCAUGUAAAUUAGGUGUAUAAAAUGUAUGUAUAUAAAGGUCAUUGCACAAUAAAUGUGAACAUAUCAUGA